AUGGCCGGAAAGGAAACUAUGGGACGUUCUAGGAGAAAGAAUGUCAGGCAACCACCAGCUGUACCUUUUCUUUGGGAAGAAAAGCCGGGUAUAGCUAAAAGAGACUGGAGACAAGGGACUUCUUCAGUUAGUCUGGUCCAAAUGGAUCCGGUCAAACUCAUUGCAUCAGUUCCCUUUGAUUGGGAGGAAAAGCCUAGAACGCCAUUAACCUCUUUAUCACACCCACCUCUGGGAUCUGAGCAACAAGCCCUGCCUGAGAACCUCAUAACUCUCCCAUCACCACACAUUCCACCAGAAAAUGUCAUGACUAUCUCAUCACCUCCCGAAUUUGACCUACCAAUAUUACCAGAAAACCUCAUAACUUUCCCAUCACCCCCAGCACAUUCUCAGGGCUCUGAUGUUGUCAACAAUGGCAAAGAUGAGGCUAGUAAUGAUCGUCAGGAUGAACAAAAAGAAUGGUUUGAAUUGGAUUUGGCAGCAUUUGAUUUUGAAACAGAUGGCUCAUUCAGCUCAGCUCCCUCUCUCCUAGCAAACUGCCUUGUACCGGCUGUAGCAAUAUAUUCUGCUGCUCCUGUGGAAAAGUCUUCCUUGAGUGAUGAAAUAGACAUCACUUCCACACCAGAUUCUGAAACAUACAGUAGCACAAGCAGCUACGCAACUGGCUUUUCAAGCCUUGUUGGAGCUUCUUUUUUGGAACAUCUCUUUCCAUUACUGUCACCCAAUGCUGGUUUCCUUGAAAAGGUAGGAUGCUCCGAAAUGGACCAUAUUACCCAACCAGUAUUGAAGAGCAAGGAAUCUGGUGAUGAAAGUAACAGCAGUGUUGUAGUAAGGAGACCAACAACUCUCGGAGAGCUGAUAAUGAUGAGUCGAAGGAGAAGCUACCAGAGGAAAGCCGCUCAAAUGAGAAAACAAAAUCUAUCAAUGGUAAAUUACCAAAUUGCUGUUUCUUUCUCACCAUCAUUAGUACUGCCUUUUGGUAAUAGGCUACAGUGAAACAACUGGAAAGUGCAUUAGUAAUCAAUAGCUUCUCCUCUUUCAUUUCAUUUAUACACUCCACCCAAUCCUUCCCCAAACAAACACAAAUUCAAUUG